AUGCUCGGCAAGAUUCUCCUGACGCUCGACGCCGUCGGCCUGCUCCUUGGUGCUCCACUGGCCGACUACAAUCACACGCACAUCUUCAACCCGCGCUGGCCCCCGCACGCAAAAUUCCACAACGGACAAACCAUUUCCCUGUCAGUUAUCCUCGGCAUCGCCACGCUGUACUACACCUGGCGGUCCUCAUUUCUGCCGUCGUCGACACCACCGAUGCUCGCUAGGCAGCGCGAACGGGAUUCCUUGCGCACGGCGGCCUUCACGGGAUCCAUCUACUGGUUGGCCGGUCUGACAGCAAUUUUGUAUCCCGGGACCGCCGGCACGGACCCCGAGUUUGGGACCGGGUUCCCGCAGGGUCCCGGCUUCACCAUGUUUGCGGUGCUGGCUAUUCUUGGGUGCUUUCUCGAAACGAGGAACGGGGUCGGUGAUGUCUCCAAGACGCGGUCAAACUAA